AUGACAACUUUAUUGGCUUCCAAGAGACUCCGCCCAACUCUUCUCCUCUAUCAUCGCUUCCUCAUAAACCCUAAACCCUUUUCUUCCCAACAACCUCAAUCUCCUCUGAUUACAAACCAAAACGACGUCGUCGACGACGCUGACGUAAUCAGAGUCCUUAUAGGCCGCAGAAACGACCCCGUUUCAGCUCUUGAGUACUGCAGCUGGGUCAGACCUCUGAACCAGAUCCGCCACGGAGGAGACCUCUUCUGGGUGCUCACCCACAUCCUCGCCACCUCUCCCCAGACCCGCGAUCGCGCCAGAAACUUACUCGUGCUGUUCGUCUCAGCGAACCCAGAACUCCCUCCAUCGGUAAUUGUUAAGCAUCUGUUGGAUUCGGCUCAAAGGUUCGAUCUUGGACUCGACCCACAUGGUUUUAACUACUUGCUCAACGCUUAUACACGGAACAAGAGAAUAUACGAUGCUUUAGAGUGUUUUAGCCUCAUGGUGGAUCGAAAGGUUGUUCAUUUCGUGUGUUAUGUGAACAGUUUGUUGAGUUCUUUGGUCAAGAGUAAUGAGAUUGGCGAAGCUAAGGAGAUUUACAACGAGAUGGUUGAGAUGGGUGUUAGUGGUGAUAACGUCAUGGCUCAGUUGUUGAUGAGAGGUUGUUUGAGGGAACGGAGGCCUGUAGAGGCUGUGAGGAUUUUCAGGAGGAGUAGUAGAUACGGUUUGAUGUACAGUCUCGCUGUUCAAGCUGCUUGUAAGAUUCCUGAUUUGGGGAUGGCUUUGGGUUUGUUGGGAGAGAUGAGGGAGGAGUUGGGUGUUUGCGGGUCUCAUGAGACUGCUCCUUCAUUCAUCAGCCAUGCUCAGAUCCACCUUUGCUUCCUUAAUAGUCGCGUCAAUUUGCGGCGCACGUUACGUCUCUCUUACCCUGCGGCGCAUCUUAGCCGUUCCUCACGCUUCACAGCCACUUCCCCUUGCUCCUCCUCCCAUAAAGCUCCAACCUUUGUGAUACCCAUCUUCUCUUCCUCUUAUUCCUCUUCGUCGGAGAAACACCCACCAUCAUCGCCGCCCCUUACCCGAUCAGCAGCCCUCGUGGGACAAGACGACGCACCCAUCAACUCUUCUUCCAAAGUUCUUACAUUGCCCACCGUCCUAACCCUUGGUCGCGUCGCUGCCGUUCCCCUUCUCGUCUCCACCUUCUACGUUGAUGGAUGGUGGGGAACAACUGCGACCACAAGCAUCUUCGUUGCAGCUGCUGUUACAGACUGGCUUGACGGCUAUCUUGCACGCAAGAUGAAGUUAGGUUCUGCGUUUGGAGCGUUUUUGGAUCCUGUUGCAGAUAAGCUUAUGGUCGCAGCUACAUUGAUCUUACUCUGUACAAAGCCUAUCGACGUUGCUGUGUUAGGACCAGUUCCGUGGUUACUAACGGUACCGUCUAUUGCAAUCAUUGGUAGAGAGAUUACCAUGUCUGCGGUUAGAGAAUGGGCUGCAUCUCAAAAUGGAAAGCUAUUAGAGUGUCGGAUGGCUCGCAGCGUCUGGAGCUGGAUUGCUUUAUGUGUCUGCAGGACUAUCGGUUUGGUCUUUAGCCGUUUAUAUGAGGAAGAUUUGGAAAGUACUGCUGAAGUAGGUGGUAGUUUUUUUUAUCUAUAUCUGAUUUGUUUUGCUUUUAACAUCCAUUUUGGAUAUGGAGAGUGUCUCGGUCAUCGCCUGUACAGGGAGCACAAAACUAUGUAGAUGGUUUUGCUUUGUUCUGCUCUGUUUCUUUAUUUGUUGUCCUAACACAAUUUAAAGGAUAGGAAUGGUCUGGCUUAAAAGCCUAAUCAUGGUGUGUCUCAAGGAACAAUCAUAACAGAAAAUAAAGAUAAUACAUACCAA